AUGCCCAACUCGGGUUCCGCUCGUGCCGGCUCGGCCUCCUGGAACCAUUUUGAACCGCCUGUGCCCAAUCUAGGUAGUUCGGCAAGCCAUACCAAUCCAUUCAACAGGAAAAGAGCAUUUGGUUCCGCCUUUGAGUCUCUCGGCCAGGCCACUUCAGGCCGGAACAAGUCUCAGCGCACAACCGAUGUGUCUGAUGUCAUCGACCUUACUGGGGACGAUGAUGAUGUACCUACAUCAUUCAUAUCGCGCUCAAAGCAAGCGGAGGCACAGGAGCGAGGUCGUAGAAUGGCCUCACUGGCACGCACUCCCCGUCAAUUCUCUCAGGCCAAUGCAUACGACGCCAGACAUCCUCCCGUGGUCCAUCAUCUCCCAGGCGUAUAUGGCACUGGAUAUGCCAACGGUCUAAAUCCCAAUAAUGUCAUUCCCCAGGGAUAUGCCAGCGCGAGCUCUUCUUCGAGUAUGGCUUCAACCCCUGGCGGAGAUUUUAUGCCCCGGAUGCCGGGUUCUUACAUCGACGAGGAAGACAUGAACUUUGGUUUCACGCCGGCUAGCCAGAUGAUGAACCGUCAGCUAGCCAACCGGAACGGAUAUCCUUUUGGCAACAGAUCUGCUCUAAGCACCUCUGAUGUGAUCAACAGAGCUAACAACUACAACUUCAUGGACCUGACCGACGGCUCCGGAAACCCGCUGGAUGCUCGCGUUGUCUCCUUGAUGGAGGACAUUAACAAUGACCCUCGCAGAUCCAAAGAGGAAGUGGAGGCACUUUUGCGAAAUGUGCACGCCGGCAUGGAUAUCCCCGAGGAAGAUCGGGAGGGAACUCCUGAAGCUAUGAGAUACCCUCUUUAUGCGCACCAGAGGGUUGCGUUGACAUGGAUGAAGCGCCAAGAGAAGGGCACUAACAAGGGAGGUAUAUUGGCCGAUGACAUGGGCCUGGGAAAGACAAUUUCCGUUCUAUCCCUCAUGGUGUCACAAAAGUCGACCAAACCAACAUGCAAGACCACGUUGAUUGUGGCCCCGCUGUCCCUGAUUCGGCAGUGGGAAGAUGAGAUCAAGAAGAAGCUCAAGAGUGGCCUGCCUCAUGCCUUGACUGUAUACAUUCAUCACAGUACUCAGAAGACGACAGCCCAAGAGUUGAUGAAGUACGAUGUCGUCCUGACCACCUAUGGGACCCUCGUCUCGGACAAGAAGAAGUAUGCUGCUUGGCUCAAGGACUUGGACGGACGUCCUGCGUUGACCAAGACCGACCCCAAUCUGGCGAGCUCUGUCUCCCUGUUCCAUCCAGAUUACUCGAAGUUUUAUCGCAUCGUUCUGGAUGAAAGCCAACAGAUCAAGAAUCACAAGGCGCAGGCGGCUGGGGCCGCUUCCCACCUGCAAAGCGAGUAUCGUUGGUGCCUAUCCGGUACACCGAUGAUGAACGGCGUCGACGAGCUCUAUUCUCUCUACAGGUUCCUGGGAAUCAAGCCAUACAGUGACUGGUCUAAGUUCCGUGGCGCCUUUGGGGUGCUCUUCGGGAAGAAAGGUGACCCUCAGGCCCAAGCAAUGAGAAACUUGCAAGUUCUGCUCAAGGCGACUCUUUUACGCCGAACCAAGACUUCGCAAAUUGAUGGAAAGCCCAUUUUGCAACUUCCAGAGAAAACCGAGGAGGUGGUUUACGCAGAGUUGGACGAGGACGAGCGCAAGUUCUACACUGAUCUAGAGACCAAGUCGCAGGUUCAGAUCAACAAGUACCUGCGAAAGGGUACUUUGGGCAAGCACUAUUCUCAUGUAUUGGUGUUACUUCUCCGCCUCCGCCAGACUUGCUGUCACCCGCAUUUGCUUCUUGAAGCAGACGAUGCAGUGCCUGAAGUCGAUGACGAUAUGCUUAGUCGCGUCAGAACUCUAUCUAUAGCUGUUGUUCAACGCCUGACUGAGAAGUCUCGCGCUCUCGAGAGCGCCGACGCCAUCAAUGAGGGCUUUGAGUGCCCAAUCUGCUACGACAUGAUGCCCGACCCGACUAUUCCACUGCCCUGCGGGCACGAACUCUGUGCUGGCUGUCUCAAGCAGCACGUUGACAACGCUAGGCGGGAGAACAUUAGAAAUGGCGAAGACGAAGGCCAGGUCAAGUGCGCUGUCUGCAGAGGCGCGUUGGACCCGACGAACGUAAUCACUUUUUCGGCGUUCAAGAAGGUCUACAUGCCUGAUGAAGCUGCUAGCGGAAGCUCUGAAGAUGAAGAGUCCGACGGCUCUGUUUGGAGUAGCGAUGAUGAUGAGGAAGAGGAAGAGGAGCAAGACGAUGCCGAUGCAGAUGACGCCGAUAAGAAUGGCAACCUUAAAGGCUUCGUCGUUCCUGAUGCUUACGCUAACAUUAGUGAUGAUGAGGACGAGUUGUCAGGGUCUCCUGCGCCAAAGCCCAAGGCGAUUGAGCGAAAGAAGAGGAAGUCGAAGGGAAAAAUGAAGGCUGCAAAGUCUUCAAGUAAGGAGUCAAAGAAGAGACUGAAGAAGAUUAAGGGCAGCCAGUUGGCAACGCUUCGAAAAAAUGCCAAGAAGAACGCUGGUGCCUGGCAGGACUACACAAAGUACCUGAGUCACCAUUGGCUUGCUUCCUCCAAGACGAGAGCUUGUGUGGAUCUUCUCAAGAAGAUUCAGGAAACAGGCGAGAAAACAAUCAUUUUCUCCCAGUGGACUAUGCUGCUGGAUCUUUUGCAGGUCGCGAUCAGAAAGCAAGGUCUCAACAUCAAGCAUUGCCGCUACACAGGAGAGAUGUCGAUGGCACAGCGUGAUGACACUGCUUUCACUUUCUCGAACGACCCGAGCAUGAAGGUCAUGAUGGUGUCGCUGCGCGCCGGAAACGCUGGUCUUAACCUUGUCGCGGCUUCGCAGGUCAUCAUCAUGGAUCCUUUCUGGAAUCCGUACAUUGAGAUGCAAGCCGUUGACAGAGCCCACCGCAUCGGCCAGCAGAAGCCUGUAAAGGUGCACCGAAUCCUGACCCAGCAAACGGUUGAAGAUCGUAUCGUCCAGCUUCAGGAGAAGAAAAGGGCGACGGUGGACGCCGCUUUGGACGAGCGUGAGGGUGCUAAGUUGGCUGGCCUCAGCAUGACUGAACUGCGUUUCCUUUUCAAUCUUUGA